AUGGGCAUUCCUCUCUUUUCUCUCGUAAGGGAUUGCAUUCAAAAUGGAAACUGGAACCUCAGAGCAGCCAGGUCAGAUCGACAGCUCCAGCUCCUUUCCUUCAUCACUUCUCUUCAGCCUUCUCCUGUUAGCGACUCCACCAUGUGGCUUAGGCAAGAAACAAACUCUAAAAACUUCUCUUCGAAAGAGGUUUGGAACGCUAUUCGCUCUAAAAACCCUACAGUCUCGUGGUAUUCUCUAGUGUGGCACAAAGUCGCGAUUCCAAAACAUGCAGCAGCUACUUGGCUUUUUAUGCUUAACAGGAAUCCUACCUUUGACCGGAUGGUGGCUUGGGGAUUAGAUGUUGAAACCAUAUGCCUCCUAUGCGGUUCGUCGUCCGAGUCGCAGAACCACCUAUUCUUUGACUGUCCCUUUUCAAACCGGGUUUGGUCAGCUCUUCUUCUAAAGCUAGACAUCCUAAAUGCUCCUACUUCUUGGGCUCAGAUUAUAUCUUGGCUUCCUGCUGCUCUUCCACAACGGGAUGCACAACUUAGUCUUCUUUUGCUCUGGCAAGCGAGUAUCUAUGAGUUGUGGAAAGAACGAAAUCGAAGACUUCAUCAAGGUUUGACUCUUCCACACUACAAGAUUUUCAAAAGGAUUGUCUACCUGAUAAAAAAUAAAGCAAUGGCUUUAAAAAAUGUUGGAUCAAAGCACGGUGAGGCUUUGACGCUGCUCUGGUUUUAA